AUGGUGUGCAAACACAAGGCUAUGCGCCAAGAAGACUGGCUGAUGCCUGAAAUCAUGCCCAACACGCCUCGUCAGAUGUUCACAAUUUUAGAUCCUUACUGCGCCAAAACGCUUUAUCAUCAGAUUCUUAUCGGCCUCUAUUUCUCUUCAUUGGAACGCUCGGCCAAAUUGCAAACCUGCGGUCUCUGCCGUGCUAUUUACCGUAUGGUUCAGUAUGCGGAUGAAGCCGAAGACGCGGAGUUCUUCUUCAUCGACGAGGACAUUGGGUUGAAUCAUGGCGACUCUCCCCCAUUUCUUUUAAUUGACUUCCUACAAAUGGAUCUCUAUUUUCAGAUCCGAAAUCCGGAGGUCAUUUCAAGAUCUACAUUUCGCCAUAGCAAUCAAGAAGCGACGGCCCCAACGGAUGUACGGGAGCACGUCGAUCAUGCACUCGAGGCCGAAUGCAGCGACGCUUCUACAGGAAGCGAUGCUAGCAUGGCGCAGAUGAAAUCAUGGAUCAAAAUUUGCGAAAACGACCACCAGAUCUGCGGAGAAAAGGUUUCUAAGUCAUUUUCCACCUACCCAAAACGACUUCUUGAUGUGUCCCAGGCUGCGACUGGAUUAGUCUUUCUGGUACUGUCAGAAGAGAGCAAUCUACACAUCACUAGAUCGCGAUAUGCGACUCUCAGUCAUCGCUGGAAGCCCGGCCACUCCUGCAGUACAAAUUCUUCAACAGAACGUAAAUACGCCCAGGACGGCAUCGCGGUGAACACGCUCACAAAAACAUUCCGGGAUGCCGUGAUUACGACUCAGAAACUUGGCCUGAGAUAUCUAUGGAUUGACUCGCUCUGUAUCAUCCAAGAUCUCGAUGAUGAUAAGGUACAUGAGAUACCCAAGAUGGCCGACUAUUACCAAAAUGCAGAUUUCAAUAUUGCAGAAUCAACUGAACAAACUGACGCUGGACUCUUUUACGAUCGCGAUGGACAGGCGAAUCGACCCUUGCGUCUUCCUGUCACCAUCAAUACACCUGACCUUCCAAUCACGACACGAAAAGUGAUUUUGGAAUUGUCUCCGAUCUUACGAGCGCCUGCCUCACAUCUUGACAGUCGAGGAUGGAUCUUGCAAGAGAGGAUAUUCCCGCGAAGAACAUUUUUCUUUGACCCUUACUGGGUUUCUUUUGAAUGCGCGGAGAUGAGUGCAUCUGAGAGUUGCCCCCGAGGUGUCAAGAAAAACAUUGGGACCAGUUCAAGCCAGCUGGAGAUGGACAUGGCAACGAUAGUGUCUAGGGAUGCCUCAUUGAGUACAAUGGGAGGAAUUCUUCGAACACAAUACAAGUCAACCUUUGAGGGUCACCAGUUAAGUGACGCGGAACGUACUCAAGUUUUGCAUAUGUGGUUCACUGUUCUCACUGAAUACUGUUCCCGAAACCUUACAUUCGAGUCUGACCGUCUCAAUGCAAUAUCUGCUCUAGCAACGAGACUGUCACAGAUCCUCCAAGAUGAAUAUGUGUCGGGGGUUUGGAGGAGGAAUCUUCUCGAAUCUCUCUGGUGGAGUGUCUCCAAUGCGCCUCAUCAUCAUCUACCCGUUCGUUUCAAGAACUCUGGCGUACCGACGUGGUCUUGGGCAAGUUUGGCCUACACUGACAAGGCCCCAAGAAAUGUCAGAAGACCAUUCGACUUCUUCGAGGCACCCUCUGUCAAGCCGCACGUCCAAGUACGAGAUAUUUCAAGUGCUCCCAGAGCCAAGAUCACUCUCUCGGGCGGUCUACUUCGUGGAUAUAUGUAUCUGACAGGCAACGAAGAUGACUACACAGAGCUAGUCACUGUGACUGAGGGUUUAAGAAGCAGGCCAAAAUACCAGCAGAACCGGCACCUCUAUGAUGGCACAGCGGAAUGGCGUAUGCAUAUUUGUGCUACGAGCUCAGGCCAACGCGAUCGCGUCACUUUACAAGUUUUCCCAGAUGAAUCUGAUAUAACUGAAGGCUUUGUUUACUUGCUCCCUCUUGCCGAAGCGACAGGUUCGGGGGCCUGGGAGGAGGGUAGAAUGCCGCCCACGAUUGAAGAUGGCUUGCUUUUUGGCUUGGUUCUAAAGGAAAACCCUGAUGGAACCUUCCGGAGGGUAGGCUCCGUGCAAACAAGGGCAGAUCUUCUCAUGGCGACAAAUGCUCGUCGUGUAGUUCUUGUUUAG